CAUGUCAUUUAAUUGGUAGACUAAUUGACCGUCAAGUAUUGUGUCGUGUGCUAUAAUUUUUUAUGUAAUACUCAAAUUAAAAUUUUUUAAUUUUUUUUAGACAAUUUUUAAAAUGUAAGUGUUAAGUUAAUUCCUCUGCAAUUGACGAGAUUUAAUUAUGGAAAACAUGUCACACAAGCAAACUCCAUAUAGUCCAAACUUCCCUCAAAGUCAAGGUUAUGGUCCACCUGCAGAAAUGAAUAAAAGCAAUGAAGAUUAUCCGAUGCAACCACAGGGAGGCUAUCCAGGACCUCCUUCUGGACCGGCGCUCCCACCUGGUGCUCAGCCCUUACCUGGAAUGCACUCUGGAUUUCAACCCGGCUUUCAACCUGGGUUCCAGCCUGGCUUUCAACCUGGAUAUGCUCCUGGAUACCCGCACCCUCAGGGCGGCUAUCCAGCACCAGUGGUACAACAGCCUGCUCCCCAAGGUCCAGGAGGCUGGAUGACCAUUCCGCAAGGACUUUCGAACUGUCCGCCAGGCUUGGAAUACCUAUCUAUGAUUGAUCAACUACUCGUUCACCAGAAGGUAGAACUGCUCGAAGCUUUCGUUGGUUUCGAGACGAACAACAAGUAUACUAUUAAGAAUUCUCUUGGCCAGAAGGUCUACUACGCUGUGGAAGAUAACGAUUGCUGCACCAGGAACUGUUGCGGACCAAUGCGUCCCUUCGACAUGAAGAUCAUGGAUAAUUUUCGUAAUGAGGUUAUCAAUUUGCACCGUCCUCUAGCAUGUGACACUUGUUGGUGUCCAUGCUGGCUGCAAAGUAUGGAGGUAUCUUCCCCUCCUGGCACCGUCAUCGGCUCCAUCGAACAACAGUGGUCGAUAUGUAAGCCCUGUUAUGUGAUCAAGAAUGCAGCGGGCGAUGUGGUUCUACGCAUCAAGGGACCUGUUUGUACGUUUUCUAUCUGCGGUGAUGUGGAAUUUCAUGUGUAUUCGAAGGACGGUGAAACCAAGGUUGGUAAAAUAACGAAAAAUUGGUCUGGUCUAGCUCGGGAAAUGUUCACAGACAGCGAUUACUUCGGAAUAACUUUCCCGAUGGAUUUGGAUGUCAGGAUAAAAGCAGUUCUACUUGGAGCGUGUUUCUUAAUUGAUUUCAUGUUCUUUGAAAAAUCUGGAAACAAUGAACGAGAUGGGAUUGGUAUGCUAUAAAUAUCCUUUAGAAGAUACAUAACACUCUACCACGAGUAUAACUCACUGAACAGCUUAUUUUGUAAUACUGAAUAAUGGUUGUUCAUGAAUCUUUAAAACGAAUUAAUGUAACGAGGUUAUAUACUACAUAGCAUCAUGUUUACCAACUAUGUUAUUGAAGCACUACGCAAGAAUAUAUAUACAAAUAUAAUAUGGUUGUUAAGACUAAGCACAAUGUUUUUUAUGAGCUAUUUAGCUUUAAAAUUGCUAUUGCCUUAAUGUUUAUUCUUUGCAUUUUUAGUAGUUGUAAGAUUUUGUAACUUUAUAUACAUGUAAUAAAAUACAAUUAAAAAUUAAAGGACAAUAGUUAUACAAAUAAAUGUAAUCUAUGGUACUAAAAACUUAUGAAUUAAAUGUUUUUUUUUUUUUUCUUAGGACUUAUGUUAAAAGUUUUAAUCUAAAUGCAUGUGUCUUAAUUUUGUUCACUUAUGAAUAUAUUUAAACCUAAAAAUGUUUUACAAUUUUGUUGAACGAAAUGAAAAGGUAGUAUUUUUUGAUAUAUUUUUACAUUUAGUGUUUGAUUUCUCCAUAUUGUCAUAAUUAAAAAAUUUGCUUUGUAAGUUGCAUUAACUUUUAAGCGUAAAGCAUGUUUUAUUUUAAGCUUUUACAAAAAAAUCUGUAUUAAUAACACUAAAAAAUGUAUGCUUAAUUUUUUAAAGUUGAUUGUCUUAUUGUACUCGAAAUGUAAUUUUCAGUCUUUGGCUAUGUGUCCAAUGAUUUAUUUUAUAGACAUUUACGUAACAGAUGCAAAUUAAUAUUGCAGUGCCAUUGAUACUUACUAAUAAUGCAAUUUGAUGCGGCCAACUGUUAUGAUAAUUAAUUAUAAAUAGGGGUAAUAUGCUUAUUAUAAAGGAUAAUAUUUUAAAACAAGAUAUUUUAUAGAUUUGACUAUUUUGCAUGACACAUGAAAAAUCAACAAUUUAUUACUAUAAUGUUCCUAUUUCAAUGAAAUGUUCAUGAUUUAAUUAAAAAAUAUUUACUUUUUUUAUAUUUAAGCAGUCAUAUAUUAUAUUCUUGAUUUAUUUGCCAAAUAUUGCUUUGAUAAUUGCAAAUAGCGUAACAUAGUCAAAAUCAUGAAUUUUAUUAAAUUUGGGUUUCUACUAGUCACUUUAAUAUGAUUCUUUCAAAUGUAAUAAUUUUUUUUAAAAUGAGCAAUAUAAAUAAAAUUACCUAAAAACUGAAGACUAUGAAUAUAUUUUACAUUUUUUAUAUUACUGGUUUAUUAUUCAAUGUAUAAUGUUAAUAAUUAUUAUAUUUUCUAAUAUUGUGGUAAAAUAAAGCUUUUUCUUGUCAUAGUAUCCAUUCUAGUAGUGGAUAUGAGAUUUUUAUACUAUUAUUAAAACUUUAUUCUUUCACUUUCGUUUUGAUACUUAUGUUUUAUUGUGUAAAAAAUAAAAAAAUAUAUACAAA